ACCAAAUUCCAAAGACUAAGUAAACGGAAGUAAACAUGGUCAAGAACAAUUUUCACGUUUGUGUUUUUGUCAUUUAGACAUUUUAACAACCAUGGAAUUCAAAAUAUGACGAAUUUAACUGCACAGCACUAAACACUUACCCCAGAUAAUAUUUCAUUCGCGUUGGCGACAGGACUUGGAUGAUAGAUGUUAACGUUAUCUAGUAAGUAACGCUAAUUUAGCUGCUAACAAUGGCCAUGGUUUUUCACACUCAAAUAGCCUCCAUCAUGGAGGUGCUAGCGAAUGCAGCCGUGGCAGAGAUCUGUAAACUCGUAGACGACGACUAUGCAGUGUUUCGUUUGGAAAUAACUCAAAGCCAGAAAGAAAACACGACAUUGCGGAGGAAACUUCAGCUAAUCGAACUGAAGGUGGCACGGGAGCGCGCAGAGAAGACAAUGCGAGAGCGCGUCCUCGCCAGUCGUCCCAAGAUCCUCGAACGAUUCAGAGGAAUGGCAAGAGGUGAAGGACAUCUCACUGGAGGCCACAGAAGCUUUGUGAAGCCAGCAGGACACAAUACAUGGAGAGAUGACCAACCAAUCACUGUUGACGAUGGGAGUGGAACCUCAACCCAGCACGUUAUCGUGAUAGAGCCUGAAGAUGCAAGUCCUGGGGUCAAGCUGGAGAGGUCUGAAGGAGAGGAGGACCCACGACACAGCAGAGACAUCCAGACUGGAGUGGCCCCCCCUGUAGCCACGGAGGACCCCACCACUGCCCCAGAGCUGCCCAGGACCCGACGCAGAAUCACGGAGGAGGAGGACGGUCCAGAGGUGCUGCUGGUGAAGGAGGAGGAGGGCCUGGGGAACCCUGAGGGGACCAUAAUCAUGGAGGACAACCAGACUACACCACCUCCUGAAUCCACAGAGGAACCAGCUGAGCAGCACAGGACCACACACAGUUUCACUGAGUCAGUAGACAUGGAGGAUGGGAAGCCUGAUCUGCUGCUGGUCAAAGAGGAGACAAUAGAAGACGGACCAGAGAGCAUUGACCUGCUGAGUGGACUAAAGACAGGGGAGCAAGGUGGUUGGCUGGAAGUUAACAGAGGAGACUGGACGGCCAUUUUGGAUUGCCAGACCGGUGCAGUCAAGGGCCCAGGGGAGAACGUCACUGAGCAGGCCAGGUCCAGUAGCGACAUAGUCGAGGUCUGUGGAUGGGACAGCGUCCUCAACUCUGGGCCUGGGAUCAACACUGUUAACCAGAAACAAACAGCCGAACACAAAACCACAACUGAACUUAGUCUCCAUGACAACAGACUGGCUGAGACCACAGCGAGGCGUAGAUUUGGUCUGCGGGGACGGGGAGGUGUCCGUAUGCGGUUGGAGAGAACAGACACAGACUCGGCUAGCGAUGCUCCGUCCUGCUCCUAUAGUUGUGAUUCAGAGAGACUGAUGGAGCCUCAGGUUAACCCCCUAACAGAUGCUGCCUUCAGCCUGCCUUCUAUAGGAUCCAUCAACUGGAACAUGAACGCUGUGACAACACAGACACUCCCUGGCCUUCAUCCUCCUCACACUCUCCUUAAGUUAAACCAGACCUCAGACAAUGCUUCAACACUAAAUGGCUACACAAGCCCAUUGACAAAUGACAGUAGUAGAGACGGAAUCGGUAAAGAAAAGCGCUUCCCGUGUUCGUUCUGUGGGAAAGCUUUCAGUUUCCCCAAACAGGUGGAGAUCCACCAGAGGAUACACACAGGGGAGAAACCGUUCGGCUGCCACCUGUGCCGGGCCCGUUUCUCCAGAUCGACCCACCUGAAGAGGCAUCAGAGGGUCCACACAGGGGAGAAACCCUACAGCUGCCCCCAGUGUGAGAAAAGGUUCUCCCACCAGCACAAUAUGAAAGUGCACCUGAAGGUCCACACGGGAGAGGCCGCUCGCCUGUACGCACUGCGGGAAGAGGUUCUCAGAGAGGAGACACGUCAGGAUACACCAGCAGAAAAUGCACACGACCCAUGUCUAGAGUAUAGGGACAUGUAAUGUAGUGCAAGCAUUUACAAGCAUUUCGCUACACCCGCAAUAACAUUGCUAAACACGUGUAUGUGACCAAUAUAAUUUGAUUUGAUGAUUUAGUACUAGUUCGUUUGGGAUGUAGUAGGGAACUCGAGGAGGUAAACUGAGGAAAUGAGUGUGAUGAGGCAGAGUAGAUGAUAUGGUGUCUGUAAAAGUGCUUCGCUGAUGUAAAGUGACAACCUUGUCCUGUUUGUGUGCAAUGUAAUGUUUUAUCCUUUUCCAAAGUAUUCUAAAAUGUAUUUUAUCAAAGCGAGGGUACUAGAUGUACGGUAAAGUGUUACCAUAGUGAGAAAAGUUAUUCUACUUGUUUUCUUUUUACUUGUCACAUGUAACAUUUUGUGCAAUAAAAGUACUGAACUUCA